CCCCCCAGAGAGGCUGCUGUCUUGCUGCAGUUUUACAUCGGAUCCACGAGUCAGAAAGUGGCCCUUGGAUUUAUGGUUAAGAAUUUGCUGACGGUGGCCGUGGAAGUUGAUCUGUGGAUCUCCGUGCAAUCCGGAUCGAUGGAAGACACUCACCUGUCAAUCAAGCAGAAGCUUCCUCAAGCUGACUGCAGCCUUGAGUCGGAGAUUCCAGCGGAAGAUGGAGACGCACUUCCAGUGCGGUGUGCAGCGGGCGCGUGCCUCCGUUGCCCCCUUCUGGUGCCCGGCAAGCAGAGCAGGGAAUUGUGGGUAGAGGGCACCGUGACCUUGACCUGGGGGAGUCAGUUCAAGAGGAUCGCUCCUUUCUUGGUGAACGCGGCCGUGCGGAUGAACGGGACUCGGUACUGGAACGUGGACAAGACGCCUCGCCACAGGACCUCGGUCACCAUCGACGUGGAGGUGAACUUCACGGUGCCCAUCAUCGCCAUCAGCUCCACUGGAGGAUUCUUUCUCCUCCUCAUCAUCACCAUGCUACUCAUCAAGUGUGGAUUCUUCCGGCGCAAGGCGAUAAGUGAGGAGUCUCGCUCCGUGUUGAGAGGCCAAGUCCAGGAGGAGGGCGAGGAGGUGGGGGGGGAACCCGAUCACGUGGCCGAUGUCGUCAUCAUCGUGGGAAUUCAUAGCAGCGGCUGA